GAUAAACAAACCGGUCACGUUUUUCAGAGGAAACCGGAAGUGGCGGACUCGUCGCUCGCGCAUCAAAACAAAAACACAUCUGUCCCUCGCUGUCUGUUCUGACCGUUAAAGCCACGUGACCGACAUGGAGGAGUAGAACGCGCGGACAGCUCGCGCUAGCUUCAAUACCCUAGCUUAGCUUAGCCAGUUAGCUCAGCUAGCCCCUAGCUUUCCCGUCCAUGGCGUCCCCGGCGGGGCUCCAGCCGCUCGGCCCGGAUCGCGCCGCCUCAUCCUCCGGCGGCGGGAGGCCACCCCUCCGGCCCCAGCAGCCGCACGCGGGUCCCUCCGCGCCGCGCUGCCUGAUGGUGGAGUCGGUGGACGACGCGGAGGGUCUGUACGUGGCGGUGGAGCGGUGCCCGCUGUGCAGCACCUCCCGCCGCAGGCUGACCUGCGCCCGCUGCGUCAAGGCCGGAGACUUCGUGUCCCUGGACGGGAGGAACGCGGAGAGAUACACUGAAAAGUUGGAGCGACUGAAGAAGCUGAAGGAGGAAAAGGAGCAGCUACAACAAAGAGUUCUCCAGGACAUGGACAGAAAGCAGCAGGCAGAUAAGAUGGUGAGUUUGUAAAAAUACAAUUUAUUUUGACUUGUAUGUACACAUACACAGCGUCUUGCAUAAGUAUUCACCCCACUGGGACCUU